UAAACGUCGUUUCCAUCUUGUUAUUUCGAAAAUAUUAUCUUUGUCACAAUAGCAAAAUUAACGGGUUCUAUUUUGUUACGAGACCCUUUUAUUGGCUGGGCUGCACUAGUUUUUGAGCCGAUUUCACCAACAUCUACCGCGAGAUUCCCUUUUGUAAAAAAGUGCAUGGAUUCUUCUCCGCCGCCUCUUCCACCAGGAGUACAUUUGAUAUCAGAGACAGUACAAUCAUGGAUCCGACCCGGGGAUUUAAAUUCUUGGACACGGCGGCGAGCUCUGCUGCUCACUGAGGAUGGGAAGAAUAUAAACGGAUUUUUAAGACAACAUACCAGGUAGUGGUGUCACAGCAGAAGGAUGCCGCUGGGGAAGCGCACCAUCGAGCCCCGGCACCUGUGCCACACGGUGCUGCCAAGGAACAUCAAGAAUGAGCUGGAGUGUGUGACUAACAUCUCCUUGGCCAACGUCAUACGCCAGCUCAGCAGCCUCAGCAAAUAUGCAGAAGACCUUUUUGGAGAGCUGUUCAACGAGGCCCACACCUUCUCUUUCCGGGUCAACUCCCUGCAAGAGCGCGUGGACCGCCUCUCCAUCAGUGUCACACAGCUGGACCCCAAAGAGGAGGAAUUGUCUCUUCAGGACAUCACCAUGAGGAAGGCCUUCAGGAGUUCCACCAUUCAGGACCAGCAGCUGUUUGACCGAAAGUCGCUGCCCGUCCCGCUGCAGGAGAGCUUCGAGACGUGCGAGCGGCCGCCACCCCUCAACAUCCUCAGCCCCUACAGGGACGACGGGAAAGAAGGCCUGAAGUUCUACACCAACCCGUCCUACUUCUUUGACCUGUGGAGAGAGAAGAUGCUGCAGGACACGGAGGACAAGAGGAAGGAGAGGCGGAAACAGAAGCUGGAAAUGCCUUAUCUUGUGUGUCCCAAUGGCCUCAUAAGAGUCCUUUCCGAAACCCCUCCUCCCUUCCUCACUGCCCCAGAGUUGCAGGACCCCCGCAUGUAUGACCAGGUCUAUAGGUACUUGGACCUUCCAGGAAUAAAGGCGAUCGAGCGCCCGCAGGAGCCCGAGAAGAUACCGCGGAUGCCUCACGAUCGGAAGAAGGAGUGGCAGAAACUGGCACUGGGCGCCGAGCUCGCCCAGGACAUUCCUGACGACAAACACAGGGAGGCCAACGGAUCUGCUGGUUACCACGACAACAGGGCUCCCUCGUACAUGGAACAUUUGGACGGGCCCUUCUCGCUGGCGGCGCUGCCCUACACCCAGAUGAACGAGCUGCUGAACCGUACUGGGGACAGAAUGUAUUCACGGCCCCACGACCCUCCGCCGCCUCCACCCCUCAUGCACCCACUGGGAGAGAUCAAGCCACCCUCUGUGAUCAGCUCCAGUUCGGGUUUCUCCGACAGCAGACCCCAGUCUCCAGCCCGGACCGGAGGCUUCAACUCCAACACUCCUCCUCCGCCGCCUCCCCCUCUCCCACCUCCUCCUCCCCCUUUGCCCUCCUCAAGCCUGCGGGGCACUCCUCCACCCCCCAUUCCUCCUCUACCGGUCCAGCAGCAGCCUCUGGCUAUCCCGCCUGCCCCGGCUCCCCUCCAGAUCGCCCCGGGGGUGCUGCACCCGGCCCCUCCGCCCGUGGCGCCUCCCCUUCACUGCUCCCCGGCCCAUCUCCAGAAAGUCCUGGACAGGGGCCCACCUGCGGUCUCCGAGACACAGUCUGACGGCAGCGUCCUGCCUCCUCCCCCUUCGCCUCCUCCUCUGCCCCACCCAGGAGCACGGGGCUCUUUUCCCUGUCACUCAGGCCCGCCCCCUUUGCCGGCCUUCCCCUCGGCAGGAGCCAUGGCCUCGCCGCUGCCGCCCCACAGCCUGCACGAUUUCGGCAGCAAGAGGCACCAUCCGGCCAAUCUGCCGCCCAUCAGCGACGCCCGCAGCGUCCUGUUGGAGGCGAUUAGAAAAGGCAUACAGCUGCGGAAGGUGGAGGAGCAGCGAGAGCAGGAGGCGAAGCACGAGCGCGUCGGCAACGACGUGGCCACCAUCCUGUCGCGGCGCAUCGCCGUGGAGUACUCGGACUCCGAGGACGAGUCAGAGUUUGACGAAGGAGACUGGAUGGAGUGAUGGCGAUCGGAGGGAUGUGAGAGGGAGAAAAAAGCAGCGUUGGAAGCAGGAGAACAAAUGUGUUCAGGUGCGCCCCGCCCCCGCCUCUCCCCUCUCCUCCACCCACCCUCCAACCACUGCACUCACCUCGUCUUCAAAGAGACCUUUCUACUCCGGAAGGGAGGGAAUCAUCAUUGUCGCCCACUUUUUUUCUUUUUUAAUCGCCGUCUCAUGGUUCGUGUGUCGGAGUAGAAUCUCCACUUUCUAGUGUUCCGAGGGAAGUUUUUGCAUUGAUUCUUUUCUGCACUACCACGUGACCUUGUUUUGUCUUUACUAUUGUUAAAAAAUAACUUCUUUUUUUUUUGAGGAACCACUUGUUUUUGUUUAUUUGUACAUCGAUGUGAAGAAAAAAAA